CAGAGAACGGGGACACCUGCUCAGCCAACAGGACAAGGACAUCAGGUACCGAUCCCACACUGCAGCUCAGCCAACAGGACAGGGACAUCACGGUACCGAUCCUGCCCUGCUCAUCCAACAGGACAUUGACAUCACGGUACUGAUCCCGCACUGCUCAGCCCACAGGACACCACGAUAAGUCACCAGAUCUCCCGCACCUCAGGUCAGCAAGGUCCAUCAGUGUAUAAAGUUGGUUCUGCUCGGAUCUCCUAUACUGCAAGAACUGCUCCAGCUUUAUGUACUGACCUGGUGUUACUGCAGUAAACCAGUUUAUCCAGACAGAAUUCCAAAGAAAAAAUACAACCAAGAAGCAAGACCGAGUCAGCACUGUAACACUAUAUAGAGGUGUUGCUGCCUCUACACGCUGUAUACGAUAUUGCUCUGACAUCGCACCGGGUUAUCUAAUAGUGACCACAAGAACCAGAACUUACCUACACUGACUGACUCCUGCCAUUGUUACACAACUCUCAGACAUUACAUGCUGUACCCAUUGCACACAGAGCUGACUUAUUACACAGAGGCCCCAGACCUGGCUUCACCCAUUGAGAUCACAGACCUGGCCCCACUUUUAGGAAACCCAGACCUUGUCUCAUUAUUUGCACAAAAACCCAAGUCCUGACAGUACCCUUUGGGGCCCAGACCCAACCUCAUUUUCUGGGACACUGAAACAUCAGGCUUGACCUAACAUUAGAGACUAGAACUGAUCUCACCAGAAGAUCAACCAAGUCCAUUCUCACAAGUUACAGUGUAAUUAAAUCCCCACAGAAUUCAACUGAAAGGUCAGACAUUGUCCAGGUCAUAAGGGUCCAUCAAUUAUUCUAAAGCCAUGGGUCGCUACACUGGCAAAACCUGCCGUCUGAUCUUUAUGCUGGUCCUCACUGUGGUCUUCUUUGUAGUUGAGUUGGUGACCGGUUAUAUUGGUAACGCCAUAGCUUUGAUCUCAGACUCAUUCAACAUGUUGUCUGAUUUGAUUUCCCUGUGUGUGGGCAUCACGGCCUCCCGUAUCUCAAGACGUCAGAGUAGGGGACCCCAGGCCACCUAUGGCUACACUCGUGCUGAGGUGGUUGGUGCUCUAUGUAAUGCAGUGUUCCUGACCGCUCUAUGUUUUACCAUUCUGGUGGACUCUGUGCUACGACUAGCCAAGCCUGAGAAAAUGGACGAUGCAAGACUAGUACUGAUUGUGGGUGCUCUGGGGUUACUUGUCAACAUUAUAGGACUACUGGUCUUCCAGGACUAUGGUGCCUGUAUACGAUUCUGCAAAGCAUGUUCAAAGUCAGGCAAACAACAGAACAGCAAGGACCAGUCUGAUCCUAACCUAACUAUCACACCCUACAAGAGAGAUGACCACCAGAGGAGCCAGGAAACCAACGAAGCAGGUGACACUUUGAGCAUCUCAGAGGAUUCAGAGGAUGAAGAAAUCAAGAAGGAUGAGAAGAAGGCGUCAACAUUAAACAUAAGAGGUGUCUUGCUUCAUGUAAUGGGGGACGCACUGGGGUCAGUAGUAGUGGUAGUAGCUGCUGUCAUAUUUUACGUGCGUCCUUUAAAAGAGGAAGAGCCAUGUAACUGGCAAUGCUAUAUUGACCCCAGUCUCACUAUCGUAAUGGUGGCUAUUAUUUUAAUCUCUGCCUUUCCCCUUAUCAAAGAAACUGCAACCAUUUUGCUUCAAAUGGUGCCCAAAGGAGUUGAUGUAGGAGAAAUCGGCAUAAAUUUAGCUGCAGUACCUGGAGUUAAAAGUGUUCAUGAGAUUCAUAUCUGGGAACUUGCAAGUGGCAAGAGCAUUGCAACCCUUCACGUCAAGUUUCAAGAUUUACCUAGUUACCAUGAUGCUGACCGUAAGAUACGAAAAAUCUUCCACGUGGCAGGAAUUCAUGCUGUCACCCUUCAAGCUGAGUUUGUAGAUGAGAAGGAUAACACCCUAAAAUGCAAUGCUCCUUGUAUCUCUGCAAAAUGUGAUGCCAACUUAUGCUGUAGCCAGGAACUGAUACCGUACAGUGAAGAAAACCACAGAGCGAUGGCGAAAGGAAAAUCCUCGCAAGUAUGGUAUAGAAGCAAUGACUUGAACACAAACGCUGAAGUAGAAAUUUCCGUUGAACCUCUGUGUGGAGAGGAGGAGUUUAAAGAGAAGGAAAUGAUAAAUGGUUUUAAAAUAGACAAUCACGCAAAGGAACUCAAAAGCACUCGAUUUUAAACUGUUAACAUAGUAACAGUAAAAUGACUGAGCCGCAGUUAUCUAAGCCCUAAAUGCUACUCAGGCUAUUUAGAGUGAAGUAAGACAGGAUAUUGAGACUGCACUUUCAUUUUUCUAUAGGACAUCUUUAAAAUAGCUCCAAUUAAUAUACAUUAAAUUACGCACAUACAUGAAGCUCCGACGUUUACUGCAAGUUGUAUAGUUAUUUGAAAAUAGACACAGUUACUGACACUUAGCAAUGGCAGCCUUUAUAUAUACAAGCAGGUACUUAAAGGGACAGUAAAGUCAUAAUUAGACAGUCAUGAUUUAGGCAGAACAUACUAUUUUAAAUAACUUUCCAAUUUACUUAUUUUAUUUUAUUUGCUUCCUUCUCUUGUUAUCCUUUGCUGAAAGGUUUAUCUAGGUAAGCUUAGGAGCAGCAAAGAACUUAUUCAACAAAUGAUACCAAGAGAAUGACAUUUGUUUAAUAAUAGAAGUAAACUGAAAAGUUGUUUAAAUUGUAUGUUAUACCUAAAUCAUGAAAGCCAAAUUUUGGGUUCCAUGUUGGAAAUACAAAAAUCAUGUGAAAAAAGGGAUUGAAAAGCUCCCAUUUACUAUUAUUCCCAGACUAAUAUUCCUAUUAAUAACAUCAAAAGUCAGCAUAGGAAUUUACAGCCGUACACGUUAAUAACUGUAUUUCUAUUUGUCAGCUCUUUAAACAGAGCUCUUGUAACCAUUAUAAAUGUGGUAGAAUAAAAAGAGCUUUCUUUUUAUUCUUUAUAUUUACAUUUUUCACAUUAAAAUAAAUAGCUGUAUUUGCAAAUGCAAGAAUGGGAUUUUCCUCUUUAUUAGUUCACUUUUCUAUAGAAUAUGCCUCCACUUACUUCCCAAAGACGCUCAGUCAUUUACUGUUCCUUCUUUGUAUACUUGAAAACUAUAUGGUACUAUUCUUUGAACAUCCUAAAAUAUUAGCUAUUCUGUCAAUGAUCAAAAGAAUAUUUUGCUGACAAAUAUGUAGCAAUAAUGAAAAAAAGGUUAUACAUUUAUUCAAAUGUUUCAGUUGUAUUGAGUUUAAAAACGUAUAUCAAUUAUAAAUGGAACUGUUGUUAACACACACACUCACAUAUAUGUAUAAAUAUGUAUAUAAAAUCAAAUGUAUAUAGGCAACUUAGAAAAUAUAUGAGAAAUCUAUGUUUUUAGUUUUUUUUUGUGUUUUUUGAUGGUUUAAAAAACUUCCUCAUCCAAUUGUUUUUUUACUUGAAAUUGUACAAUAGGUUCUAGUUCAGAAUAACUGAAAAUUAAUCUCAGUUAAACAUUGUUGUGUGCAUACUUCAUAAUUCCCUUUAAACUACGCUCUCGCAAAAUUUUGGCGGAGCAUCGUUUAAGGACAGGGCUUAAAUAAAUCACAUAUUGGUGCUGUAGCGGUCCUUUUUAUAGUAUUCUUUCAUAUUCAUUGAUAUUACAUAUAUAAACGGUCAUACGGUGUAUAGCUGUAUUUAAGUGAUAAGUAUACAGUCAGAUAUAGAGAGGUAUCACUAAAGAAAACAAGUAUUUUUUUAAUAUUCAAUAAAUUAUUGAAAGUAGGUAAACUUGAAGAUUUUUGUCUUACCAACUAAAGCUAUGACACAACAGUAAUUUGUACAGUUACUGAAAACAUUUCUAAAUUAGAGUUUUCUAACAUUUAAGGACACCCUGGGGGUAUAUUCACAGUUGUGAAAGAAUCUAUCAACUGGGAACUUGCAUUAUAAAUGUACUUUAAAGGACGUAAAACCUACAUUUUUUCUUGCAUAUAUAUGGGUUUCAGCUUUCCGCUUGCUUCUCUGCUGGUUUAGAGGUUGGUUUAAAAAAAAUUGCUAAAGAUUCAGUGUUUCAAGUUUAACCCGAAAGCUUCACAGAUAAUAAUACAAAAAAAAUAUAUAAGCAAGUGGGAUUAAAACUUGUGGAAACCUGUUUCAUUCAGUCAAAGAUGGUUUCAUUUUUUUUUAACACUGUGAAUUAAUUUGGAUAGUUGUAAUUUUCCAUUGUGCAUAUUUUCGGAUAGUUGUACUUUUGGCCAAUUUGACACACAAGUCUGUUGACAGGUUGCAGCUUUGAGGAUAUGCCUGUAUAUGGGUGUUUCAAGGUUUAUUGUGAGACCUUCUUAACAAAAUAACUUUUAAAAAAAAAUAAUCUUAAGAUAAACAUAUAUUUUUUUUAACUUGAUAGUGUUCUACACCAAAAAUGCAUUUUUAAUAUAUUGGUCUACCCCACAAACAAAUUUAUGAAUCAAUUUACAAACCUAAAGAAAAGAGAAAAACAAAUGUGUGUUUUCUCAAAUAUGAGAUAACUAUUUAUUUUAUAAGGAACAUAAAAGUCAAUGCAAGAAAGUAAAUUUAAAUGUAAACAUCUUUUAAAGUAAUUUUAAUCACUAUUUUUUUGUGAUUUUCAUUUAUCCAAGAUUUUAAAUCUGCCCCUUUCCAUACACGUCGCUCAAAACCAACAGUUUAAAUCUAACAGUAAGGUCUGAGAUUUAAUAUAGCUGUAAAGACAUUUUGGUAGGUUUAUCCAUCAAUAUAACUAUCUAAACUAUCUUAGCUUGCUGUCAACUCAACAUAGAGGGCUCUUCAAUUCAGAAAGAACCAGCAGUGGGGCUGACAACAGAAGACUACUAAAUAAAUACUUAUUAAAUAAACCUUCUGAGUGUAAACAUAUAGCACAACUUGCCAAUUUGAAGAAAUUUAGUUAUUAAAGGGACAGUAAACACCAGAUAUUUUUAUAUAACAUAUUUAGUUGUGCUCAAUUAAAAGACUUUGCAGUAUACUUUAAUUAUUUAUUUUGACGCCCUUUCAUGCCAUUUAGCUCGGAAAAAUUGAGGAUUUUCUAAUUCCUAGAACUUGGAAUGAAGUCUGCUUACUUUUCGAGGCUUAGACUGCUACAUAUACACCCCUAACUGGCUUUAAUUGAUAACAACCACAAAACACUGUAUACUAACAUUAUGACAAUGACCUUGUUGUCUGCAAAUGAAAGAUCAGAUUGGCCGCUCCAAAUAAGGCGAAUUGUGGCUAUUGAAAACUAAAUGCAAGAAUAAGGAUGUGAAUUUGUUUUAAAAAAUGAUAAAACUUGGCUCAUAUAUUAUUUUAUAGAACUACAACAGACAUGUUUUAUAAUUACAAAGUGUUUACUGUUCCUUUAUGUAAAUCUAGUUUAUUAAACCCAUAAGCGUUAAGCUUUUAAAAACAAUUCAGUUGUGGUACAUCUCACAAUUGCCAGUCACUGCUUUCAGUCCUAGAAAACUUUGGAUUCCAGCUUUUCUUUUCUUGUUUUCAUUUUCCUCCAUUAUCUGUCUCCUGCUUCUCCCUAACAAACAACAAUAUUAUGAGGCCAUUAGAAAAAACAUACUUUGAUCUACUCUGCGGUUCCCUAACCUCUUUCCUGAUAGUGGCAGAGAUAAAAUAAAUGAUAAUCACUCACGUCAUCACAGUAAUUAGGGUAAAUAAGAAAGUCUCACCUUUGCAUAUAAUGUUUGAGAAAUGCACAAACAAAUGUCACAAGAACCCUGAUCCCACUGAUAACGUUCAGUCAAACUCUCUUUUAUCCUUCACCCAGUGCACAAAAAGCAGUUAAGCAAUUUCUUAUCAGACGUAGGUCAAUUACAGUAAUUCCAUUGGUGCUGCAUUCUUCGCAGAGGGAGUUGAAACCUUAGAAUAAUGUGUUAGAAUAAAUGUUAUAUAGAUAAGAUCUAUUCCACACCACCAAAAGGGCUCUACAGGUUUCCAUGGGGUUUUCAAAUGACACCAUUUAGAAAAAUAAAUACAUAUAUUUUUUAAAAUGUACACAGCCCCCCCAAAAAACCCAUUAAAAAAGAUAGUUAAUUUGCUUUGAGAGCCCUCACCAACAGUGUUCCAGUCCAUUAGAAGAUGGGAUUUGAAUAAUUUGUUUAAUUUAUACUUAACAGCUUUUCAGCCAGAAAAAAAUAUAUAUAAAUUUUGUCCUGUUUCAGCAAAUGUUUGUUUUUUAUACUCCUUUUUUUUAAUGUCUACGUUUUCACACAAACACAAUAGUAACCUAGUUUAAGAAACAACUACAAUAUUACUCUAGGCUAGUUUUUAAACAGUGACAUUUCUAAACAACUGGAAUACAAUAAAAUUAUAAAAUGAAUAUUUCUUUAUGAAUGAAAGUGGAUAUUAUAAAAUUAUGCAGAACUAUAUGAAAUGAAUUGCUCACAUAUCAGGAAUUUAUAUUAUUGGUUACGUGGAGUAAAAACUGCAUUUAAACACAUUAGGCAGUUAUCAAUACUUUAAGAAGUAGUUUCCAUUGUGUACAUUCACAUUGGAAACAUAGGCCUAGUUUCCAUUGAGGUGGUAAAUUGUGGAAACUUGGGGGAACAAAAACAAUCUCCAUAGACUUUAAUGGAGAUAAAAAAAAUUAUCACCAGUUUCCACAAUUUACUACCUCAAUGGAAACAAGGCCUAUAUUGUAUUUGUAAUUAGGGUAAUCCCACUGCACACUUCCAGUUGGCUGCCAUAGAAGAACAGUUACAUUUGACAUUUGUGAAACCCACAUAAGGCCUAAUUUCCAUUGAAGUGGUAAAGUUUGGAAACUGGUGGUAACUUAAAAAAUUCUUCGUAGACAUUAAAGGGACACUGAACCCAAAUUUUUUCUUUUGUGAUUCAGAUAGCGCGUGCAAUUUUAAGCAGCUUUCUAAUUUACUCCUAUUAUCAAUUUUUCUUUGUCCUCUUGCUAUCUUUAUUUGAAAAAUAAGGCAUCUAAGCAGUAUAUAGUUUAUCCACCAAUCAGCAAGAACAACCCAAGUUGUUCACCAAAAAUGGGCCGGCAUCUAAACUUACAUUCUUGCAUUUCAAAUAAAGAUACACAGAGAAUGAAGAAAAUUUGAUAAUAGGAGUAAUUUAGAAAGUUGCUUAAAAUGUCAUGCUCUAUCUGAAUCACAAAAGAAAAUGUUUGGGUUCAGUGUCCGUUUGAUGCAGAUACAUGUUUUAUCAUCAGUUUAAAAACUUUAACUCCUUAAUGGAAACUAGUAUUAAAUUGCAAUUUGGGCACAGUGAGAUAUUUAAAUUUCUGAAAUCCAAAGGGAUAAAAAAACCUAAUAUAUAUAAAUUAAGAAAUAAAUAUAUUUAAUUUUAUUCUAGGAGUGUUGAAUGUAUUUAUGUAAUUGGUCAAACAUUUUGUUGUGUUUAGAUGAUUUUAGUGGUAUUCUAUUCCCAUUUAGCUAUAGACUUGCAGGUACUAUCACAGAUUAAUUAAAGGCGAUUGUAUUACAACUAUAUACAGUUUUUAUGCAAAUACAUUUUUAUCUGUCCCAUGCCUCUGUAUUUGUAUGUUCAUUUACUGUUUAUACCAUCCUUGUAAACUAUUAUUAUGCAGUUUGAUUUUUUUGUGUUUGAUGUAUAUAUGUUAUUUCUUUGUUAUAUUUCAUUAAAGUUGUAUUUUUUUAA